AAAACUUGUAUUGUUUUUACUGUACUUCAGCACGCUGGAUUUGAAAUGGAGCAAUUCAAGUGCAGACUGUCAGCUUUAAUCAGGCUGUGUAGAAAUUACAGCCUUUUUGAUAUGUAACCCCCCCUCCCCAUUUUAAGGGACCAUAAAUAAUUGGACUGUGAGGGGGGCAGCAUGGUUGUGGUGCCGGCCGGCAAUCACAGCUGUGGGCAGUUACGUGAUUAGUGCUAACCUUUACAUGUGCUGCCUGCAGUGAGCCUGGGGGACCUGACAUGCACACAGGAAGUACAGAAGCCACAACAACAGCAAUAGCAACAGCAACGACGGCAACGAACAGCAACAGUGACAGUGUUGUGGCUUGCUGACACGCAAUGAACGUGUGCGUCGUACCCGUCCGUGCCUGUGUGGUUCUGUGGCCUUGUUACAUGGACAAAUUUAAAUAAUCUUCAAUAUCAAUCAAUCAAUCAAUCAAUUUUAUUUGUAUAGCACUUUUAACAAAGGAGCUUUGUCACAAAGCAGCUUUACAGAGAACCGGCCCCCAAACAGUAAGCCUAGGGCAACAGUGGCAAGGAAAAACUUCCUGACUGAUAGCAGGAAGAAACCUUGAGCAGAACCGGACCCAGAGGGGGAACCCAUCUGCCAUGGGCUGGCACCGGUUUGUUAUGGAAAUGGCUUACAUGAAAACAAUAGAAUAUAAUCUUUUUAAAAAAAACAUUGUCGUAUUAAGUGCUUGGUUUGCAUACUUCAGGUUCCUGAAGUAUGCAAACCACAGACCACAGAUGCUCUGCAAGGUCUGUACUGCAGCGUCUUCAGUUCCUGUUUGUUUCAUGGGCUUUCUGUCUUCAUUCGUGUUUAAGCUAGUGAAAAUCAGUUGGAUUUAUGUCAGCUAAUUGACUUGGCCAGCUAAGAACAUUCAGCUUUGUCCGGGAAGUAAAUGGGUGGACGCCGUUAAAUUUCAAAAUGGCUCAGCAGGUUCUGAAUUUCCAUUCAGUUCAAAAGGUGUGCAUCCUGCACAAUGUUUCCUUGAGUAGCUAAACAAGUUGGAAACUUUAUUUGAUCCAAGCUGGCUAGCUAGCCAACUAGAAACAUUAACAUUAUUUUAUCGAUUAUUUUAUUGUUAUUGAGAUCAGAAAUUCAGAGAUGAGGUCAGAAGAAUAGAGGUGGUGUGAUGACGUGUGGUGAGAAGACAUUAAAACUUGCUACUUCAGAAAGACCAAUUGCACCACUUGAAUGCCCACUAUAUUCAGGGAAGGUAUUGGGACACGGGAGAUUGAUCUGGAAAAGAGGAUCUGAAAGCAGCCACAGUUCUUAUCAGGGGAGACUACAGCACCCAGGAUCAGGAAGAAUGGAGAGAACCAGAGGAGGAGAGAGCCAGCUACUUCAGAUCUGGAGCCAUUUUCAUAAAACAUUUUGGGCAAUAUUUACAAGAGGACAGACCUGCCUGCUUCAAAUCUGGAGCCGUUUUCAUCAAACCUUUUGGAAGACAUGUACAAGAGGAGAAACCCGCCUGCUUUAAAUCCAGGGUUGUUUUUAUCAAAGGUUCAAGGUUUCUUUAUUCAUAUCCAUGGAUAAAUGUAUUUUUCAGGCAGGAGAUGCAGCAUUCCACAGGUACAGAGGACAUCAGAGCAACACAAUACAGCAAUACAACACAAAAGACAUCACAGGACAAGUAUAUACAGCUAUUGUACUUUUCGAAAAGUUGGAAGUAAAUCGGCUGGAUUCACAGUUUCCGUAACGAUGUAGAAUGAUGAAACACUUGCUGAGAGGAAGCGGACACGUACUCACAAGUGUAGAACAGGAAUAUGCUGGUUUGGUGCUGGUUGCCAUUUUUUUUUCAUCUCAUCGGAGCAACACCUGAGAUCUGUAAAAAGCAAUCGCCUUGCGAUGCUCCUGAAUGUUUUGAAAUAAUGGCGUCACCAGAACCAGCUUGCACCUCCACCAAUUACACAGAUCUCUGCAGAAUUGACAGAAGCUGCAUUGAGUAUAAUUGUGAUGCAGAUUUAAGCUGCAAAUGUAACGGACGUCCAUUUGAAUUGGCAGACUUAACCAAAUGCCCUGUAAAAGAUGAAGAGAGCAUUUCCAUGGAAAAUGAGGUCCACGCUGAGGAAACCAAGGGCUAUGAAGAUUCCAGCAUGACCCCACUGCAGAUUGCGUUUGCUGUUCUUGCUGCCCUUCUUGUUUUUGGUGCCAUUACAUACUACAUCUUGAAGGCCUGUCGAAAGCAGGGAAUGCUCACUAUCUUCAGUGAAGGUACUGGGACAAAGGAGAUUGAUCUGGAAAAGAGGAUCUGAAAGCAGCCCCAGUUCUUAUCAGGGCAGACUACAGCACCCAGGAUCAGGAAGAAUGGAGAGAACCAGAGGAGAGAGGAGAGAGCCAGCUGCUUCAGAUAUCGAGCCAUUUUCAUUUAAUAUUUUGGGAUGUAUUUACAAGAAAAGAGAUCCACAUGCUUCAGAUCUGGAGCCAUUUUCAUCAAACCUUUUGGGAGAAUCUUACUGGAGGAGAGACCUGCCUGCUUUAAAUCCAGGGUUGUUUUCAUCAAAGAUUGAAGGUUUUUUUUUAUCCGUAUCCAGAAAUAAAUGUAUUUUUCCGGCAGGAGAUGCAGCUUUCCACAGGUACAAUGAACAACAGAGCAACACAAUACAGCAAUACAACACAAAAGACAUCACAAGACAAGAAGAUGAUGCUGAUUUUUUACCUUCUCUUGCGGAUUUAUUUUCAGCACAUCGGUGCAGAGGCUGUGUACUGUAUAAAGGAAUUGCAGUGCAAUGUCACUGAGUGCUUUAAAAUGAGGGACUCAGAAAACGCCGUUUGCAGCUCCAUCCAGCAAACAGAACACUGUAGUAUGAGUGGAACCCGCAUCAAACUGGAAUGUGAGGCACAAUUAACAUGCUUCUGCAAUGAAGAAGGUCCGUUUGAACUGGAUGAGUUUCCUGAGAUCCCUGUAAAAGAUCAAAGUAGCAUUUCCAUGGAAAAUGAGGUCCAUCCUGAGGAAACCAAGGCCUAUGAAGGUGACCUAUCCACACCUGAAGUGCCAGAGAGGAACAACACCAACAGGACCGAGUCAUCUGGCGACGUGUCAGAGGGGAUUAACACCAACAGGACCGAGUCAUCUGGUUCCAGCAUGACCCCACUGCAGAUUGCUGCUGCUGCUGCUGUUCCUGCUCUUGUUGCUCUUCUUGUUUUUGGUGCCAUUACGUGCUACGUCUGGAAGGCCAUACGAAAGCAGGGGCACAGGGAGCCACAGCUGGAUCAGACAGACCCACAGAGACAGCCCCUGGAACAGGCCCAAAACGACAGGAAUGACGCCUCAGUACAGCGCUUCCCCUGGUACACAAAGAAGGAGAUGGUGUUGAUAAUGAGCAGGCGGAUGGGGAGGGGGAGGGGGAGGGGGAUAAUGUUGAUAGGGGUGGCAAUAGCAAUGGUGAUGGGAAUGGGGAGGGAUUAA